AAAUGUGCUCUCUAAAGAUAGUAGUAACUCUCGCUGUCCUAGCGGUGGCUUCGGCCGAGCACUUCCGAUCCCAGCAGUUCGGGGGCUUUAACGGAGGCUUCAACGGUGGCUACAGCGGGGGCUACAGCGGAGGCUACAGCGGGGGCUUCGGCCGCGGCGCGCACAUACCUAUCCUGAGCUACGAGAACGUGAACAAUGGAGACGGAAACUACAGAUACAGCUAUGAGACUGGCAACGGCAUCAGGGCGCAUGAGAACGGAUCCCCCCGCGCCCAGGGGCCCGAGGGCCCCGCGGUGACGGCGGAUGGCGCCUUCUCCUACACCGCCCCCGACGGCCAGCAGGUGUCGCUGACCUACACGGCCGACGAGAACGGCUUCCACCCCGUGGGCUCUCAUAUACCCACCCCGCCGCCCAUCCCGGAUGCCAUCCUAAAAUCCCUGCAGUUCAACAGGCAGAAUCCUUCAUCGGAGGGAUCGUACAACAGUGGAAGAUAUAACAAUGGUUAUCACUACUAAAUGAAUAUCUACGAUAUUUAUUUAUUUAUGUUUACAAACAAGUGACUACGAUUCUGUG